AUGAGUUUAUUCUGCUCAGUUGGACAUGCCUAUUUAGAAGUACAGGAGCUCCUCCUGUCUGGAAAGCUAAGUGAAUAUGGUGUGAUUGUGCCCUUCAGUGCAGAUUGCAAAGGACGGUUCCUCUCACAUGUGGUGUCUGGCUCAGUGGCAUCAGGGAGUGGUGAAGACUGCCAUCCCUCCACCCCGCACUCAGCUCGGCAUAGAGUGGCCCGCAGCACCCUGAAUGAGCCCCUGCACCAAGGUGGAGCUGAAAAUCGCUUGCUUUAUUUCAACGUCACUGUCUUUGGAAAGGAACUGCAUCUCCGUGUGAAGCCCAACCAUCGGCUGGUACCACCUGGGGCCUCAGCCGAAUGGCAAGAGGAUUUCCAAGUGCUGUUCCAAGAGCCCCUGCAACAGGAGUGUGUCUUUACAGGGGAUAUCUCAGCCAUGCCUGGUGGCUUGGUGGCCAUCAGCAACUGCGAUGGACUGGCUGGUCUGAUUCGAACGGACAGCAAUGAGUUUUUCAUUGAGCCCCUGGAGAAGGGGCAGCAAGAGAAGGAAGAGAAUGGGCGAGCACAUGUGAUCUACCGCAGAUCUGCUAUCAGACAGGACAGAGCAGACUCACACAAGGACCUUCAUACUGAAGUUCCACACUUCAGUGUGGGUGAGCUCCCAAACUCACUGGACCUAAUUGAAGACCGGUUGGGUGAAGUGGAGCGGAAGAGACGCCAUGCCAAAAAAGAUGACUACAACAUUGAGGUCUUGCUGGCAGUGGAUGACUCAGUCGUGCGUUUUCAUGGGAAAGAACAUGUCCAGAAUUACGUCUUAACGCUUAUGAACAUAGUGGAUGAAAUAUACCAUGAUGAGUCCCUGGGAGUUCACAUUAACAUUGUUCUGGUCAGAAUGAUUAUGGUGGGAUACCGACAGUCUGUCAGCCUGAUUGAGCGAGGGAACCCUUCUCGGAGCCUGGAGCAGGUCUGCCGCUGGGCUCAUUCCCAGCAGCGCUCGGAUCCAGAGCAUGCUGAAUACCAUGACCAUGCAGUAUUCCUCACCAGGCAAGAUUUUGGUCCCGCAGGUUAUGCUCCUGUUACAGGUAUGUGCCACCCUCUACGCAGCUGCACUCUCAACCAUGAGGAUGGAUUCUCCUCAGCAUUCGUGGUUGCCCAUGAGACUGGCCAUGUGUUAGGUAUGGAACAUGAUGGCCAGGGGAACCGAUGCGCAGAUGAGACCAGCAUGGGGAGCAUUAUGGCACCAUUAGUGCAGGCUGCAUUCCACCGCUACCACUGGUCCCGAUGUAGCAAGCAGGAAUUGAACCGAUACAUACAUUCCUACGACUGCCUCCUAGAUGAUCCCUUUGAGCACCAGUGGCCCAAGCUACCAGAGCUCCCAGGAAUCAAUUACUCCAUGGAUGAACAAUGCCGCUUUGACUUCGGUGUGGGUUACAAAACAUGCACAGCUUUCAGAACCUUUGACCCUUGCAAGCAGCUGUGGUGCAGCCAUCCAGACAACCCUUACUUCUGCAAAACCAAGAAAGGGCCCCCCCUGGAUGGGACCGAAUGUUCCUCAGGCAAGUGGUGUUUCAAGGGUCACUGCAUCUGGAAGACUUCAGAACAGCCUUACAGCCAGGAUGGCAGCUGGAGUUCCUGGUCCAAGUUUGGUUCCUGCUCUAGGACGUGUGGGGGUGGGGUCCGCUCCCGCAGCAGGAGCUGCAACAACCCACCACCAGCUUAUGGUGGGCGAAAUUGCCCCGGAUCCACUUAUGAGUACCAGAUCUGCAAUACUGAAGAGUGCCGUGGACCAUAUGAGGAUUUCCGUGCCCAACAGUGCUCCAAGCGCAACUCUUACUAUACCCAUCAGAACUCCAAGCACACCUGGCUUCCCUACGAGCAUCAUGAUGAUGCUCAGAAGUGUGAGCUGAUUUGUCAGUCUGAGGGAACAGGAGAUGUGGUAUUCAUGAACCAAGUUGUUCACGAUGGUACCAGAUGCAGCUACAGAGACCCCUACAGUGUGUGUGUCCGGGGGGAGUGUGUGCACGUUGGGUGUGACAAAGAAAUUGGCUCUCUGAAGCAGGAUGACAAGUGUGGUGUUUGUGGGGGUGACAAUUCCCACUGUCGGACAGUGAAAGGGACUUUGGUUAAAACCCCCAAGGAGCCAGUGGGUGUUUUGAAAAUGUUUGAGAUUCCAGCUGGGGCCAGGCACGUUCAGAUAGAAGAGAUGGAGCCAGCAUCCCAUAACAUUGCUGUUAAGAACCAAGGCACUGGUAACUUCAUCCUAAAUGCCAAGGGAAAAGAAGCCAAAAGCAAAACCUUCCUUGAGAUGGGCUUGGAAUGGGAAUACACCAUAGAGAAUGGCAAAGAGACCUUGAAAACUAGUGGGCCCCUACAUGAAGCCAUCAGUGUUCUGGUUAUCCCACAGGAAGAUGAAUUUAUGAGCAGCUUGAUGUAUAAAUACAUCAUCCAUGAGGACUUGCUGCCUAUGAUUGGAAACAAUAAUGUCCUUCUUGAAGAGAUGGACACCUAUGAGUGGGCUCUCAAGAGCUGGUCGCAGUGCUCCAAGGCUUGUGGAGGAGGUAUCCAGUACACCAAGUAUGGCUGUCGGAGGAAAAGUGAUAAUCGGAUGGUGCAUCGGAACUUUUGUGAUAAUGGCAAGAAGCCCAAGCCAAUCCGGAGGCGAUGUAACCUGCAGGAGUGCUCCCAGCCCAUCUGGUUGGCAGAAGAGUGGGGAGCCUGCAGCAAAUCCUGUGGCAAGCUGGGCAUUCAGAUGAGGGUUGUGCAGUGUGUCCAACACCUCCAGAAUGGCACGAACCGGACGGUGCACACCAAGUAUUGCACAGGAGAGCGCCCUGACACACGCAGGCCUUGCAACCGCUUACCCUGUCCAGCCCAAUGGAGGACUGGGGCCUGGUCCCAGUGCUCAGUAAGUUGUGGAGAAGGUAUCCAGCAGCGCCAGGUGGUAUGCAAAGCCAGUGACAACAGCAUUGGUCAGUGUGAGGGUGAGAAACCAGCAACCAUCCAAGUCUGCAAAAUGCCGGUAUGCCCAGGAAAGCAACUAAGUAUUACAGAGAAUGCUGACAACAGUGAUCAUGUGACUCCUAAAGUACAGUGGGUGCCACAGGAUGGGCCCAAAAAUCCCGUUAACAAGGUAUCUUCAAAGGAGCCUUGCCUUGGAGACAAGUCCAUAUUCUGCCAGAUGGAAGUUCUGGCUCGCUACUGCUCCAUCCCUGGCUACAACAAACUCUGCUGUGAGUCUUGUGGUAAGAAGGUUUCUGCCACCAGCUUGCCGCCCAGCACAGGCCAAGGUGCUUUAGAGACUGGAUUGCAGGACGACACCAUCCUUCCCAGCCCCAUUCCAGCGUUGCCUGUUCAUCCUACUGUCCAGAACCACCCACAGAGGAUAGAAGGCAGGGCUGCCAAAGAGACAGAUAAAUCCCAGGCUGCUUAUGCUUUGCCUCCCAGUAUGGAAGGUUCAGCUGCACAUGGAGCCGCUUGGGCUAAUAUUGCCACCCAUUCUCGGGGCACUGCAGUCAGUGGUACUUCAUACGUGGACACCUCAAGAUUACUACCUCCUAGCCGGCAGGCUGCAGCAGGGCAGAGUUCUGGGGAGCUCUCAGGCAGCCUUGCUUUUCAUUGGUUCCCUACUGCCUUGAGCAAAACUUCUGCUGUUGUGCAGAGUGAAAGUGAGUCCUCUUUUCCUUCCCAGGGUGCAGUGCAGCAGCGAAGGGACACUACAGGGUCCAAGCAGCCAAGUGGCACUCUCAGGACCUCUUCCCCUGUUGUGACAUGAAAUGGUUUUCCCAGUGUCUCUCUCUCCGACAGUUUACAGGGGCAGAGCUGCCAUGGUUCUGAGCUGCUUUCGGGAAUCAGUGAGAUACACAUUUGAAAAACAAACAGGCAAGCAAAAAAAAACUACAGGAAAAAUGGCUUCAUUUUAUAAUUUUUUUGGCUGUGGCACUUUUUAAUUCUUUAUCGACAAAAAAAAAAAAAAAAAAAAGAAGAUCAGAGGAAGAAAUGGCACCGGUUACUGUGUCAACCACAAACAAUGGCUGAGCUCACACAGCUAAAGUAACCUGGGGUUGGUUACUUCCAAGUGCAGCUUGAGGUAAAGGGGGCCAUUUCCUUCCAAGGUGCUACCAAGAGGCUUUUUCAAGCAAUAAAAGAAAACACGCCAGAUAAGGAUCUUUACUCCUCAACUCAGUUCUCACUCAUCGGCUGCUAUUCUCCAGGCAUCAAGGGCCACAGUGGACCCCAAAAUCCUUUGGGAAAUGGUGCUGCAAAUAUAUUUUUCUAUUCUUA